CGCAUGGAGAAUUCCGCCUUACGAGCAUGUGUUUUUUGCAUUGAUGGAUUUUCGUGUUAGUGCCGUCAUAGUAAGUACUUCUUUUCACAGUUAUGAUCGGCUUUGCUACAUCAGGGUCCUCCUCCUCACUACAGAAAGUUCUCUUCCCCUUCCCAGGCACCUGAGGUUGAACCCUUGGAAAGAAAAACAAGCAGAUCUAAAUAAUCUCACUCAAUUGAGAGGAAACGAGAAAUAUCAUCUUGGAAAAGCUGAGGGCUGUCAUGAGAAUCAAUUGAGAUCAUCUAUGUGAAAGCUCUUGGCAAAAGGCACUUAAAAGUGGAAUGAUUUUUUAAAUCAUUUAAGAACAACUCAGAAAUAUAAUAUGAUCUGUACACCUGUUUGUUCCCUAAUUAAAUGAACCUAGAAAGAGUUGAAAGAUAUGCCCAUCAACUUGUUAUGCAAAUCACCUUAGUUAGCACAUAAUUCAAAACAUGUAGAUCCUUGUGCAGGGACUCCCUGCUUCCAACAGAAGUUCGGGAAUUCUACUUUGAACUUUUUUUCCUACUAAAAAGCUUGUUUUAGUUACUUUUCUGCUUUGAGUUCUGUUGUAGAACACUGAGACUUCUCCAAGUUCGACCACCAAUCAAUGACGUAUCCAUACACCUUUUUCUAGUACUUCUAACAGGCCUCCUGAUAAGGUCCCCAGAUGAGAUAUAAGGCAUCAAAAACAGUGCCCCAACAACGGCUUUGAAAAGUACCUCAGAGAUUUCUGUCCCUUUAGAAAUCUCUCUCUACCUACCUCUCUACUAAAGAUGGACAUAAAACUAAAAAAUCCCGAUUUCUGGUACAGUCUCCAUGGCCAGGUCCCAGGGCUGCUGGACUGGGACAUGGGGAAUGAAUUGUUCUUGCCCUCCACCACAGACCAAUGCCACUUAACUGAGCAGAACCUUGCCCAAUAUAGACUCCGAGUAAUGGAGCCCCCAAAGGUGCCUCAAGAGAGGAGAACCAGUCCAGACAAAGAUGGUCCUGACUCUAAACCUAACCUGUGGAUGUGGGUAAAUCCCAACAUCAUGUGCCCCCUUGGCAGCCAGGAGACCCUAAAUCCCAGUAAAGAAAAGGAUCUGACAAGCAUGCUUCCUUACCCUCAGCCACUCCCAAAGAAUGAGUCUAACUGCUCAAAGGCCACAGUGAUGGAAUCCCUGACAGCUUCCUCCAGCAAGAAAUCUUCCCCACAGAAGCGGUUCAUCUAUCCUCCCAGUGACUGGGAGCUCACAAAAGAAGAAACCGAGGAACAAGAGAACAACUGCUCUGUGUCCCUCCAAUCCCCUAACAAAAGGGAGUGCUUCCAGAACCAGAAGCUAUGGCAAGGCAACAGCCAGGAGAGGAAGUCCUGGCCCCGGCCUCCACUCAAUUACAGUCACCUAAUUGCCCUGGCAUUAAGAAACAGCCCACCCUGUGGCCUCAAUGUGCAAGAGAUCUACAAUUUCACCCGACAGCAUUUCCCCUUUUUUUGGACAGCUCCAAAUGGCUGGAAAAACACCAUCCGCCACAAUCUCUGUUUCCUGGGCAGCUUUGAGAAGGCACCAGUCAAUCUUCAGAAUGGGACCCAUGUAAAGCCACGGUCUGGCCUCUGGAGGCUUACUGAAGAGGGACACCGGCGCUUUCAGGAGGAGACUCGUGCCUUAGCCUCUGCUCGGAGGGAGAGCAUCCAACAGUGUAUGAGCCAACCAGAUGUGAUGACUUCCCUCUUUGGCCUUUGAAGUGCCAUUUCUCCCUUUUUGGAACAUUGCCCUCCUUACUGGGCCCACCUUUGCCCGGAUUGGCCUUCAUUAAUCCCUCAGCCUACCCUGCCUGGUAGGUGACAAGACUACAUUUAGCUACAGCUACAAGAAUAGUAUUAAAUAAACUGAGAGGUUGAUACAGAGGAGGUAGAGCUUAAAUCCAGGUAGAGAAUCGUGGAAAGUUGCAUGAGAACAGUGGUAUUUGUUAUGCAUUUUAAGCAGAGGCAAGAAAUCUUAGUAAUAAUAGCAUGGAAGUUAAGGAGAGAGGACAUAUUUUACAAGUAAAGGAAUUCUGUGUACUGGAGUGUAUACUCACAUAUGAAAGCAAAUGGUGGAGUACAAAACAUAAAAUGCAAGACUGAACCAGGCCUUGAAGAGCCUCAAAUGCCAUGUGAAGGUAUAUAUGCAUAAAGAACUAGGCAUGAUGUUUGAAGCCUGGAGGUUCAAGUAUCUCCCUUCCACCAUUCAUCAGAUAUAUCUCUUUUUUUAAUGACCAAUGUUACCCCUUAGGUCUUCACUUUUCUUUUUCUGAUCCUGGACUUCUCAGCCUUGUUCAGUUGCCAACCAAUUCCAGUACUGACAAAUAAUUCCAAGCAGUUACUUGUAGUUUGUAUAUUGAAAGCCCUUGAAUUAAGUUUGUAUCAACCCCAAGCUUUCUGAUGACAAAUCUUUGCUUUCCAUGCUCUCAUUUAUCAAAACUUUAUUGAGGAAAUGCCAAUGUGCAUAAGGUCAAUCUUAGGUGCUAAAGAUAAAAAGUCAAUAGUUUAGUUGGAGACAGACAUAUAACUGCAUAUUUGUAAUAACAAAUGUAAUGAAACAUAUAUGUAAUGUUGCCAUGGAAAAGGGGAGACAUUUUUCCUGGGAAAGGCAUUGAAAAGAAAAUACCUUUUGAGUUAGUUUUGAAGAAUAAAUAGGGAUUUGCUAGGCACGUAACUGAAGAAAGGAGAUUACAGAGGUAACUGUAUAAACAAAGUAAUUGCAGUGGUUGGAGGAGUGGUAGGAAUUUCAGUGCAGUUUAGCUAUAUUAGGGCCAAGAGUGGCAAGAAAUGUAGGCAAAAGGCUUUUCUAAUACUACUUAGGUGUUUGGAUCUUAUCCUGUGGUCUAUUGUGAACCAAAAGGUAUCAGUGGUGUUUUACUAAAAAAUAAAAACAAGCAACAAUGAACAUUUAAGCAUUUGGUUUUCUAAUUUCAAAAUUCUCUUAACACUUUCUAUACAAAUAAACUUUAUUUUAUUAGAUUUAAUCAUACUUUUGUGCCUUUCAUGUUAACAUAUUAAGAUAUAUCCAGAAUAAAAUAGAUUAUUAGGGAUAUAUUUAAUUGCAAAGGCUUCAAUAAUGGGGGUAAAAAUACCUUACAAAACGCAAAAGCUAUGAACUCAAUAUAUUGUAAAUCAAUUGAAAAGUUUACAUUUUUGGUUAUUGUAUAUUACACCAUGUACAAAACUGUAUAUUUAAGUUGAAUUCUGAAAGGAGCAUUCAAAGAAUAUUAUUCAAAAAAGUAAUUGUAGAUACUACUUCUGUACCAAA